CGUUGCUGCUGUAACUUGACGUUUCUGUCAAACAUGUCUGAUUUGAAGAAUCUCCUCUGUCAUUAGCAACGGGAAUAUUUUCGUGGAGCACUGCCGUUUGUCAACAGCAAGCUAGCGGGCCGUCAUCAGCCAGGACUCAUCACAGCAGCAGCAUCAUCAAUGGUGUGUCUACAUCCAAGAGCCGUCACAUUUUCCUGUGCACGCUCAAUGAACUAUCUCCUCAGCUUUUAUCAUAGCUGCACAUGUAUGGCGUUUGCGAGGCUAGGAGGGGAGUUUUGCCAAGCCCAGCACCUGCUGCUUAUUGUGGACAAGUGAACAGGAGACGCAAGCUUGGGAAAACACCAUUCACACAGACAGGUCCAUACUGCCAUCCUGUUAAACCCAUGUGAAGACAAGCCAACCUUCGGACUGUCACCUGUCCUCUGGAAUAGGGGAGGCCUUGGUUAAAUCAUAGAAGUUUCCUCAAAGCUCCUGUCAUCUCAGACUCUAUCUUUCUUUACCUCUGAUUCUAACAGGUUUUUUUCUGAAUGGGAAACGAUUUGAAAGAAAAGAGGGACAGAAAGGAAACAUAUUUGUUUGUUUUCUAAGCCAAGGUUUAUUUGCCAAGACAGAUUUUAAUUGCUGUAUGUACAUACUAAAGAAAUAGGUCCUUUAGAUGAUCACACAUUAGGUGUUAUUUUUCUUUCUCCUUCUCUUAGACAUUUGGAGAACCUGUCUAUAUCUGUAUUCUGUGAAGCACAGUACUUUUGUGCAGUACUUUUAUUCCUUUAUGAACAAAAUCCUGUAGGUCUUAAAAUGAAUCGACCAGCCCCAGUGGAGAUCUGUUAUGACUGUCUGAGGUUCCUCAUUACGCACAACCCUACUAAUGCACAACUGGGGAGGUUUAUAGAGGAUCUGAAGGCAUAUGGAGUCAACACACUUGUAAGAGUGUGUACUGCUACUUAUGACAAGACACCGGUGGAACAAGAAGGCAUAAAUGUCCUGGACUGGCCAUUUGAUGAUGGAUCUGCUCCGCCAGACCAGGUGGUUGAUGAUUGGUUGAACCUGCUGCAAACAAAGUUUAGAGAUGAGCCUGGCAGCUGCAUUGCUGUUCACUGUGUUGCUGGAUUAGGAAGAGCUCCGGUGUUGGUAGCCCUGGCUCUAAUAGAGUGUGGGAUGGAAUAUGAAGAUGCUGUACACUUCAUAAGACUGAAGCGUCGAGGAGCAUUCAACUCCAAGCAACUGCUUUACCUGGAAAACUACAAACCUAAACUGUGUCUGCGCUCCAAAGAUGCCAACGGACAAAGCUGCUCUAUUCAGUAGCUGCCUACAACCCCGUACAUCCUUACUGCCGCUACUUUAAAGAUGUUUAUCUUUGUUGUUAAAUGGAGAGUUAUGUUUUUUUCUGUGACCUUAAAGCCCUUAGAACUUUUUCAAAGGUUAGAAAAGCUCUGUGUUAUUAAAAAAAUAAGAACACAAGGUCAGAAUCCUGUGAAAUCAGAGAACUUCUGAUUUUGUAUGAAAAGCCUUUAAAUGUCAGUUUGUGAUCAACUGGUUUUCCUUACUGAUCAGAUUUAAAUAUGUCAAAAUGUGGCAUAGAUUCAUAAUAUUUAAGACAUUAGCUUAAAUGUGAAAAUAAUCACACAUAAAUGCCAGUUAAAAACUAUUAUGACAUGCUGUUUUCAGCAACACUGCAAUCUACCCAGCAUAUAUGCUACUUGUCAGAGUCAAAGUCGCAUGUUCAGCCUCUCAAAAACAAUCUUGUGCUGGCUGUAGAUUUUUGACACUGAUAUGACACUAAGACAAGAGAGCUAACAUGUCAAAAUGUAGUGUUUUUAUGUAUGUAGACUUGAAAUUAAACACUCUGUGGUAUCACUAUAAGUUCUGUUGAUAUCUAUGAUGAACCUGUCAGCUGGCUCUGUUCUAUAAAUGCAUUCACUGGACAUGCUUGGUUUAAAGCUCAGACAUUGUCGGACCUGGGAGAACGUAAAGAAACGUGUUUAAGAUGAUAAUGAAAUGAAUUACAUUUAACAAGGCGAGAAAAAUUAGCUAUUAUCUACAGACGUAGGAAAUUCUGAUGCCCCACUUAUUAUCCUGGAACAAUGCUGUAAUCACCUGAAACAGUCUCCUGAUACUUUAUGAUUUUCCUUUUUAUAACCCCCAGAAAGUUUAUGUGGAGCCAAGAUGGUUGCCAAUGAUAUCGUAGUGGCCAUAUUAUUUCUAUGUCUGGCUCUUUAUUUAAUCUAGCUGUCUCUUCAGCUGCUGUUUGUACAAUGCUCAAAGCACUUGUGUCAAUAUUUUCUGUAGAUUUUAUUCCCAUUUCCUGUACCUCUACCUGUAUUUGUUAUUUAUUCAUUUUUCAGUUUUUUUUGUGAGAUGUCUGCUUGA